AUGGGGGUAGGUGCAGUUCUGGGGGUGUCCAACGCCAGCGUCCUCCUGCAAGACCCCAGCUCUGAGACACUCUACCUGGGAGCCAGAGGCUCCAUCCUGGCCCUGCACACCUCCAACCUCACCUGGAAACACCCAUCAAUUAAGUGGGAGGCAACAGAAGAGGAGAGGAAGUCCUGUAUGGGUAAAGGCAAGAGAGAGGAUGAAUGUUAUAACUACAUCUGUCUGCUGGAGGUUCUGAAGGAUGGAAGGAUCUACGUCUGUGGCUCCUACGCCUACGAACCCCGCUGUGCUUUCAUAGACCCAGUGACGUUUGCCCUAGUAAAGGAAGAAGGUGACAAAGUGAAGAUGGAGAAUGGGAAGGGGAAAUGUCCUUAUGAUCCCAGACAACCUCACACUGCUGUUACUGCAGAUGGAGUGCUGUACACCGCCUCCCCUUCUAACUUCUGGGGCACAGAGUUUGACAUCACCAGGGCAACAGGUCAACAGGUGCGCGUGCCUCCGUCCAUCAACUGGCUCAAUGAUCCAGAGUUUGUGAGUUCGGCCCUGGUCAGGGAGAGUCCUGGAGACGAUGAUAAAAUCUACUUCUUCUUCACGGAGAAUGCCAGAGAGUACGACCUUUAUACCAAGGUCAGGGUCACACGGGUGGCCAGAGUCUGCAAGGGAGACGUGGGGGGCUCUAAGACCCUGCAGAAGCGCUGGACCAGUUUCCUGAAGGCUCAGCUGGUGUGUCAGGACCGGGACAGUGGCCAGCGCUACACCGUCUUGACCCACACCUACCCCCUGGAACACCGCCUGGGAGACCCCAGCAGCACACACUUCUACACCCUCUUCACCUCCCAGGGGAAAGGAGAGCGCGUGUCAGCAGUGUGUGUGUACAGCCUGGCUGACAUCACCAAGGUGUUUGCGACGGGAGGCUUCAGAGAUAUGAAGAGGAACUGUGUGAACAGUGGGAGCUCUGAGUCUGUACCCGACCCCCGACCUGGACAGUGUAUCAACGAUGUCCUGAGAGCCCAGGGUUAUAACUCCUCCUUCGACAUGCCCGACCGCGUGCUGCAGUUUGUCAAGGAACACCCUCUGUUGACGGACACUGUGAACGCAGCGCCCCUUCUGGUGAGGAGGGGAACCAUAUACACCAGGAUCACAGCCACCAACAUCUCCAACAGUGAUGCUGCCCUACUACAUCUGGGAACAGAUAAGGGAGAGUUGCACAGUGUGUCUAUCGUUGGUCGUACUGCUACUCUGCUGCAGGAGAUCCCUCUGACAACCUCAGUAGAGCCCGUCAACAACAUCCUCAUACACCAGGGCCAUGUGGUGGUAGGCUCACCCUCCUCUCUGUCCCGUGUGCCAGUAGAGGGGUGCAGGGUGUACUCCAGCUGUCAGGUGUGUGCCCGGGCAGCAGGACUGGGUUGUGUGUGGAACGUCAACAAGAGAGCCUGUGUUGCGGACUCUCCAGUGCAGAGGAAGUCAGGGGACCCUUUGAAUGUGUGUGGCACUGGAGAGGGUCGUUGUUCCCCUUUGGUGAAAGAGCUGCGUGUGAAGAAGGGCCUGGUGGUCCUCCUCCCCUGUGACCACCCCCAUCUCUCCCCUCUCCCCUGCGUCUGGGAGCACCCCCAGGGCCGCCACACCCUGCAGCACCACUCCCACCUGGAAGUCACCGUCUCUGGAUCCAGCCUGGGCCUCUACUCCUGCCGCUGCUCAGCCCAGGGUGAUUAUUCCUGGGGUAGCGAACCCUGCCUCACAGCCUCCUACCAGCUCACCAUGGAGGACCUCAGUGUCGAAGGCAAGGUGGACCCGGGGCUGUGGAGACCACCGGUAUGGGUGUACAUCUCCUGUGUCCUGCUGGGGGUGCUGGUUGGAGCUUUAGGAGCCACUGUGUUCCUGAAGAGGCUGUGCUGGAGAGCAGCCCAGCACACCCCAUUAGAGGACAGAAAUGGAAGGGGAGUCAAUCAAAGACAGCAGGGGCAGGGUCCCACCUGCUAUGAGAAUAAGCUGGUGAUGAGUGACACGCCGGUCGGCCAAUCGGGAGAGUGCGUUUUGUGA